AUGGACCUGGAGACUCAGCCCAUCUACAGCAUCAAUCAAGAUCUAAAGCAACCCCAUGUAUACAGCAUGAAGGGAGAGGGGGCACCUAAUAAGUACCCCGAAGGUGAGGCAUCGACAGUGACUGUAGAAGCAGAUUCAGAUGCGAAAAGGUUGAUUGGUAGGAGGUUUAUUGAUGUUUCCGUUCAGAGUGGUAUUCGGCUAUGGCCUUUCAAGGUCGUUUCUGGUCCCAAUGACAAGCUCAUGAUUGUGGUCAAUUACAACGGGGAAGAGAAGCGUUUUACUGCUAAGAAAUAUCCCUUCAAAGAUCCUUGUAAAGAUGCUUACUCGCAACGGCAUGCCACAAAGGAAGCUGAUGCACUUGCUGGUCUGAAUGUUUUGCGUACCGUCAAUGGACCCAUUGUCGAUGCCAUGGCUUACGGUUUUGAUAUGAAUACAGUUGAUUUUAGUGAGAAGCAAGUGUUGAUUUUUUAUUUGCGUGGUGGUACUUGUGAUGUGUUGCUGCUUACAGAUGCAGAUGAAUUGGAGCGCAGGAUGAAGAAGCUUGAGCAUGUGUGCACUCCCAUCCUUGCUGUGAUUUAUCUGGCAGUUUGUGCUGACAUGCACAUUGGGCAGUGA